UCAUAAUCGGAUCGGGAUGGCGUUACAAUCAAUCAUUAUCAAUAAAUAAAAUAUCAGCAAUGCGGGUGGUGCUGCAAUCAAAUCAGAAGCACGCAAUUAACAAUACAACACCUCUUCGAUUAUUCGGCUACUUGAGCGGUCGACAGUCCAACUUCGCCAGAGUUCAUUAGCCCAACGCGCAGUCAUCAGCGUGUAUAUAUUUUUAUAUGGAAAGUGGUGUAUGUUUUUAAGUAGUGCCGCUAUUGAUAAGUGUUUAGUUGUUCAUAAAAUAUGGCGCAGAAUUGAACUUUGAGCGCGCUUUGUAUGGCUCUACAUACAAUUGUAUCAUCAUAUUCGCUUCAAAAUCAGCUGAUAGGUUCAGAGGCUACACAUUUCUUCGCUACUUUGUAGAAAACAUACCUUUCUCAAAUGUAAUAUGACGAAGCUUCUGGCAGUUGGCUUAUAAUUCCAAAUAUUUUUUUAUGUUUUUUAAAUACUAAAAGGGAGGUGUUAAUUGGCUUUUAAUCUUUACGUGAACUUGAAACUGAAACCAUACUACAACUAUCAAAACUAGGCGGAUGCCUAAGUAAACAAUAUAAAAAAAAUUACAUAAGUGUUCGCUUUUACGUUCGCAAUACGUUGAAAAGCACGUCUUUCUCUCAUCAAGUUUUUAAAUACCCCAAUCUAUUUACGGUGAAUUAUUUUGUCACGAAACCUUUUCUUGAUUAGACAACUACUCAAUUGCAAAGAGAAUAUGUAAACGAAACUCACCAUUUAUACGCUUUAGAAUUGGAAUUUAUAGAAUUUUGGAGUCGAAUGACGAAUUCGUAUUGCUAUUAAGCAUAAACUAAACAAUGAAGAACGUGUUUCCUGCGCCUUUCAAAGCAAUAGUUCACUCUCAAGAGUGUUCACUGCAUUUUAAUCAGGGGAUAGUGCUGCCAGACGCGCAGCCGCCGAAGUGGCCAGACUGGAAAGGAUAAAAACCGUUAGAUUACAGACGCUCGAAAGCAGCUGAUAAAAGUUCAACAAACUCCGAGUUUACAGAGCAAAAAAAUUGUUGUUCGUUAUGUUUCGAAUCCACUGCAACAAGUGCUUUCGACGCCGCAACGUUGAGCCAACGGUGAUCUUCCACAUGACUCAGUGCCAGCACGUCAUUUGUGCCCCCUGUCUGACCGAGUCCACACCAGAAAAGAAGUGUCCAGUAUGCAAGCGCGAUCUGCGAGCGAUCUCGAUCGACAGGAACUUGCCUCCCAACGUGGCCAACUACUUCGAGGAUCCGCUUCGAUUCCAGCAGCUCUACCGCAAGGUCAGCAAGUUCCAGGCCGACCAGCGAGCUUCGGACAACCUGGGGUUCUAUCGCCAGAUGCAGGAGCACGAGACGAACAAGCGCCGCCUAAAGGGCUUCUGCAAGAUGGAGGCGCAGUUCAACCAGCAGAUCCAAAUGGAAAAGAAACGGAUCGCCGAGUGUCGCGCCUACAUAAAAUACCACGAGGAACAAGGUCUCAAGAAGCAGCCACAUGCCACCGAAGCUGACAAGUCCUGGAGCCAUCCAUUACGUCGCCCCCGCCCACGGACACCCUCUGUAAGCACAUCGGAUAAUACCCAGACGGAUGAGCACAUGGCGACCUUCUGUCUGGACUCGGACAUGGAUUGCCUUGAGGACGAAACCCACCCAUCCGACAAGAAAACCUUCAACGGGGAUAUGAAAGACUUUCAAAUUUGAUUACAUCUUUUCCCAAUUCGAGGUUUGUAUAUACAGUCACAUUUUUUCAUUCUUUAGAUCACUGUUUAACCAAUAUAGUGUAAGACCUUUAUAUGUACGAAGUGCUUAAGUAAUAAUAUUAGAAUAAGUUCCAGCUGGAGAACUUUAGGCAAAGAUCGUUGGGACCAUAGCGUUAAUUUAAAUCCAGUAUAAGCAAUCUAUAUGCUAAUCUACAAGUGGACUUCGCAAUCUUCUCGAGGUGUGGAAAAUUUCGCGGCUUAUCCCAAAAUCGAGAUCGAUUGUGUUGUAUAGAGUAUGGAGGUCUAGGACAAGUGGAUUAUUUACCUUUAUUGCCCAGCGAUACGAGAUGAAUUUCACGCUUUCUUUGUGGCCCCCAAGCUGAUCGAAAUCCAGCGAGAUUACGAGAAUAGCCAUUGUGAAAUCUUAAUCAGAUAAUUGGGUACAAAUUUAACAGCGGCAAUCGCUCCGAUAAUUGUUGCCAAGAAUGAUUGGCGAGCGAAAUGUGGGUGGGUGGGGGAUUCGGGGGUUAUCACUGCGAGUGCACCAUCGCCAAUUGCGCCUUGCAAAGAGAGUGUUCGAUGGGAAGUGGGUGGUUGAUAGGGGAGCUGCUGGGGGCGGAAGAAAGUGUUUGUGCCGGAGUAAACAACACUAUUGACGCCCGGUGACGUCAAUGGACGACCGAUGACCCAGGGCAGCCUCCCAGCGUAGGUUAGCACGUGGAUGAUAGGCGGAAGUCUAGCAAUUUGCAUUCCACAGAGGGCCAACUGGACAAAGGGGCAUUGUGAGUCAUGGCCAAUGGAGCAACCACCUGUUGUGCGAUCGAAACCAAAACAAAACAUAACUACGGUGGACCAUCUAUAAAGGAAACCACUAUGUAUGCAUACCUUUAACUGCAUUAAGUCGCAUUUGAAAUACAAGUUAGUUUUAUCGCUUUAUGUUUUAAACAAAGGCAAUACAAAGUGUUUCUUAUCAAGAAAGGUUGUUUUCUGAUUACAAUACUAUAAGUAGAAUCACUAGAGAAAGCAGAAGAUAUCAGUUAUAUGUAUAUCUCAUCAAAUGUUGUCAAAAAUAUAUAUCUUAUCAGCUUAUCAGAAUCACAAGUGUGCACCUAAAUUUAAUCCUAAUCUAUAAAGAAUAUAAAAAUAAUUGAUUUGAUACAUUUUUGUUAUUAAUGAAGUUGAACCUUGAACUUUUAAGAAUGUAAUCCAUCUUUUUGUGCCAAUAGUAUGCAAUUAAACUAAUCUAAGCCGUAAAAGUUUAAGCCAAAUAAACAGCCCAUGUAGAUAAGAAAUAAUCUCCAAUUGACGACCCACUUCUGAGCUAAGAGCCUCCCACUUAGGCAAGCUCCACUGUUGUUCAUUUAGCAUGCAUUGGAUAACUUGCGAGUGCGCCUCUAAAAAUAACGGCGCUUCUUCCUCGCCAGCGUUACUUGAACUUGGAGGUUGGGGGCGAUACCCACACUAUCCGAGAACCAUUCACACCACUUGCGAUACCUACAGAUAGGUGCUCGGCUCGGCUGAUGGGAUUUAUUUGGCUUCCAUCUGCGCCCAUUUGC